GUGAUGUUUGAAAUAGCCUGGGCUGGAGCCUCUGUGCUUUGCGAUCUAGGGUGUGCUCCUGAAUUUGGUGUAUCUGAUGGUUCAUCCUAGGGAUUUCUGGCUGGGAGCACCUUCAUUCCCUCAAUCGCCAACAGUAGCCCGGUCAGAAAAAGACUGAGGACUUUUCAUUCUUGAAAAGUAAAGGCAGGACAAUUAGGAGCAUUAACUGGCCGAACUCAAACCUUGUUUAUAACCCCAGCCCAGGAGUACAAAGGCUGUUCAGGAUUCCCAGUGCAAGGACCCUCCUUUGGGAACGGCAGCUCUGAGAAUCUCCGGCCUCUCGAAGGUUUCCCUUUGAGAGCUCUGGAUGGAGAAUUUCCUCAGGUACCCUUGAUAGAGUUAGGUAAUUGUCUUUAUUCUGUCGGCGGGGCUCGGGGAAGAGACAAUGGCUUGGAGCUGUGUUUCCAGACCAUUCUCUUAGCAGUAUUGUCUUACACCGAGUGAACAAGGGAAGUGAAUCCACGACUAAAUUCUUUUUUCCGGAUGGGGAGAUGAGCCCUGAGAGGCAUUCUCUGCUCUGUAGGCUCGGAAGACAAAGGCUGCAAGAAUUUUACUCAGAAUGUGUAUCACAGCAGCUGUGGACCCAUCAUGGAAGUUAAACUGGCCAGAAGCGCAGGACAGAGACAGGCAGCGACCACCUGGGAGGCCCUACCACCACAAGCGGCCAAGUUGAAGCGCUUUCAGUGAGGCACGGUAAAGAGGAAGUGGAGCGUAGAGACAUGGAGAGAGAGAUCCGACCUUGGGCUCGGCUUCCCCAAGGAAGCCAACAACAUAACUUCUGGAUUUCUUUGACACGGUUUUAAAACUUUUAACAAUCUCUACUGUGGCGCUCCUGUCUAAACUAGAGAAAACAGAGUAGUCUCCACGAACCUUAAUGAGAUCAUAAACAGAGACCCACUCGUACACUUGCCUACCCAGCAGAUAACGAAAAUGAAAGGAGAAGAAAACUACUAUUCAAAUGACCCGAUUGCUUGAAAGGCACCGUCAAGCCUGAACCAGAGUUUCAUCCCUGGGACCCACAAGGGAGAAAACAAAACCUUAUGUUAUACAAUAACUUGUAUGGAUGUUGGCAGCCGCUUUGUAAACUGGAAAUAAUCCACACAGCCACCAACAGGUGAACAGAGAGAAACAUUGUGAUGUAGAUCUGUCAGAACAAGACAACUGUCAAGAACAAACGAGAAAUCAACUAGUGACACAAAUAUCAAAUAAUUCUGGAAGAAGCCAGACAAAAGAAUAGACUCUUGUAUGAGUCUGUCUAUAUAGAAUUCACAAAAGAUACACUGAUCUGUAGUGACAGAAAGCCGACAGGGUUUAUCUGUAUAGACCUGGCUGUCCUAGAACUCGCUCUGUAGACAAAACUGGCCUCAGACUCAGCCUCUGCCUCCUGAGUGCUGUGACCAAGGAGGUGCACCGCCACUGCCAAUGAGAAGAUGAACUCUGAGAGCACAGGCAUAUUUAAGCACAGCACGAUUUCGUGAAAACAAUUCUGAUGUUUCAUCAAUCCUGCAUGCUCAACAAAGCAUACCUAAACCUCCUCGAGGAACAAGGGUCAAUCAAGUAGUGACUGGUCCGAGGCUGGACAGAGAGUUGUCAGGCAGCUCUGUGCCAGGGUGUGGUCCCAUCAGCAUCUUACAGUAUGUGCGGUGGCUACAAAGUGGGGGAAACGCUGUGAAGACCAGUGAACUCACAUGAGGAACACACAUACUAGAGCCGGGAAGGAGCCUGUCUGAGAUGUCUUGGAUAAGAGUUCUUAUACUUCUACACCACCUCAGCAGCGAAGCAUGCUGGCCCUUUAACAGGUUUCCCUUCCAGAGGCUUCUCAAUCAGUGGAGGACACAACUGACAAGGAAGCCCACUAGGCUGCCAAGAUGAAAUGCCUUGAAGGUCUGCACCUACAUCAGAGACCAAGCAAGUUCUCUGUUCCGUUGGCUCCUAAAGAAGGCUUAGUGUCUCCCUUCCAACUGGAGGAAGGGGAAGAGAAGGAGAAUGAAGAGGAAGAUGAGGCUCCAGAAGUGGAGGAGGAAGAGAAGAACCUUGGGGACCCAGCCAUACUGCAUGCCAUCCAAAACGCCCAAGUACCAUGGCAGAGAGGCCUGCACAGUUCCUCUGGCGCCCUGGGGACGUCACAAGCCUCCCUGAAUUUCCUGUGGCAGCUUGGGUUUCCAAGAACCAGCUCUCCAGCCCGUCACUUUGGACCUCAACAGCCUUCGCCAGAUCCUUUUCUGUUCUACGGACCACAGACCCCAUGGCCCCCUAAACUCAGCCUUCCCAGUCAUCUGACCCAGCUCCACCCUCAGCACCAUCAGAGCCUACUGCGGCAGCGGAGUCAAAAAGCUCAAAAAGCGAGUCUCCUAGCCCAGAAGCCCUGGUCUCAGAAGCCAGACCCGUAUGCUAACCUCAUGACCCGGAAAGAGAAGGACUGGGUGAUAAAACUGCAGAUGGUUCAGCUGCAGAGUGAGAAGCCCUGCCUGGAUGACUAUUACUACCAGGUGCUGGCACAGUUACUCCAAGACGGAAUCCAUCUUUCUAAAGAGUACUAUCAGAAGCUAGAGAAGAGGCAGGCAGACAGAGAGCUGCUUGGACAGAGAAACAGGGCCGAGUCUUCCAAGCUGGUCCCCCCUUACAUCCAGAAGGCAGAAGUGUAUAAGCCAGUGGUACGAAUUGAGGGUUCCCUGGGCCAGGUAGCCGUGUCAACAUGUUUUAGCCCUCGGCGAGCUAUUGAUGCUGUAUCUCACGGAACUCAAGAGCAGGAUACAGGAGCUGCAAGUGGCCAGAGGCUUCGAGUGUUGUUCCAGAUUGAGAAGAUGUUCCUUCAGUUACUAAAGAUAGAGGAGAGCCAGAAGGAUGGCUUUGCCUACCACCACCACUUGGGGGAACAGAGCAACCAGGUUGAGAAGCUCUUCCAGGCCUUAAAGACCCAGGAGCAGAACAACCCCGAGGAGACAGCAGAUAACCUUCUGCAGGUGAUGUCUGUGAGGAAAGGGAAGAUUCUGGUGGCUCGGCUGCUCCCCUUCUUACCCCGUGAACAAGCUGUUAGCCUUCUCCUGUAUAUCAUCUACCAUCUGCCCCUCCUGAUCCGGAGGGACGCGGCUGACCAGGUUCUCCACAUGCUGUUCAGACCUCUGGGGAAAUAUAUCAGGCACUUGACCUUCCAUCAGCUUCUCCAUGGACUACAAGGUCUGCUGCUGCUGGCACCUGACUCCUCAGAGCGGCCAGUCUCUGUGGUACUUCAGAAUCAGUUUGGGAUAUCUCUGCUUUAUGCCCUGCUGAGUCAUGGAGAGCAGCUGGUAUCCCUGGAUUCGUCCCUCCAAUCCAACAGUGACUGGGCAGCUUGGACAGACUUGGUGAUUCUGAUUGGCUGGGAGAUAGCUCAGCUGCCCCCAGCAUCCCUGGCAGAACCUCUGGCCUUCCCCAGGAACCUGCUCCUCCUGUUCUGCCACCACAUGGACAAACAAUUGGUUCAGCAGCUGGAAGCCAGAAUGGAGCUUGCCUGUAUCUACUGAUCGAUUACUUCUGGAACUUACAUGUGAGAAGCUGAAAUAUCUACAGUGAUACAGUUGAAGACAUUUCCUGUAUGCCAUUAUAUCGGAGGACCCUACCACAAACACCGUCAUAUCCUUUCUCAAAAUCUAAGUGAUUUGCCUAAACUUAAGGCAGGACCACUUCAGGUGCAAUUAAAGAAAUAUCAAAUGUUAUGUCGAAACUUGUUUGUAAGUUUGGAAUUACAAUGAAGGCCAUUUUGUGGCUAUGUCAAGAAUAUCCUUCCUUAUAAGAGACAAGGCCUUGUGUUUAAUAAAAGUCUGACCCGGGA